GUCACCAUCGCACUUUGUUUACAUUUUUUAAACAAGAAACCUGAAUCUGCAACACAAUGCUCGAAUAAUUUUUUUUGUCGGAGGAAUUCGCGAAUCUCAUUUUCAGAUAUUUAAUCGUAUAAAAUAACAAUUAUGGAAAAACAGCAAAAUACCACAAGUACUGCAGACUCAUAUUCAGAAGAAAAUACCCUUAACUCGAACAUUCCGAAAGACCUGCGAUUAAAAGAAGACGCCACUAUUUCACAUCCUUUGAUGUAUUCUCCCGUGUUUCCCGAUUUAAUUCCAGAAAAAGCAAAAUCGAAAUACAAAGAUACGAAAUUCAAACCGCCAGCGCACAGCAGCCCAUUGGAGAACAACAUAGUAGUUUCCGUCGAUUCGCUAGAAAGGCAGUUAAAUAUGCCGAUUUUAGAAUACAACGAGAAGUUACCUGAGUUUCCCAGAAGUCCUUCUGAUUUAAAAAAGUUGCUAAUGUACGAGUUGCCAGUGGAAGCGUCCCACGAUCCUCCUAGCGACACGGAGAAUGAUAAAUCGAUUUAUGAAGCUCACUUAAGUUCCAAUCUUCAAAAUGUUUCCUUGACUAUGAAUGAAAAGGAAGGAAAUUUAAAUUUUCUGUCUCACAAUGCGCGAAGUAACAAACUCAGAAGAAUUAAAGUGCCCGAGACUCAACAAAGCGAUGAUAGUGACCUGUCGUCGCUCGAUAGCAAUUCAGGUGAAGAGAGCCUUAAAUCAGAUAUCUUAGAUGAGCGUGAAGCCAGAACUAAGGUCGAAACCGAUGAAGAUAACAACACGUCUGAACCAAUAGAGCCACUGAGUGCGGCGGAAGAAAGAAGACACGCUCGAAAUUGGCAGAGGAUGAUCCUACCGGGUGGGGAACAUCGUACCAUAGACAUGCGAGUCAUUGAGCCAUACAAACGCGUCCUGUCUCACGGCGGGUAUCUUAGGGCCGGAGGCCACACGGCGAUAGUGUUGUUUGCAUCCUGUCACUUACCAGACAAAUCAAGGAUCGAUUACGAUUAUGUUAUGGAUAAUUUGUUCCUAUAUGUGCUGUGGACUCUGGAACGUUUGGUCACUGACGAUUACGUAUUGGUGUACCUGCACGGUGCUAGUACCAAACUACCUUCGUUCUCGUGGUUGAAAAGAUGUUACCAAAUGGUCGGUAGACGACUUAGGAAGAACCUAAGUCACCUGUACAUCGUGCAUCCGACGUUGUGGAUCAAAACGAUCCUCUACAUGUCGAAACCUUUUAUCAGCUCGAAGUUCUAUAGAAAAGUCUCCUUCAUAGCGAACCUCAGGGAACUCUUAGCCCGAGUGCCUUUAGAAGCGGCCGCCAUUCCGGAAAAGGUUAGGGCCUACGAUAGUCUACAUUGCACGAGCUAAUUUGAAUCGCGAAGUAUUAGUAGAAGGCGGUACCCAGUUAGAGUUAAUUAAGAGUACUUAAAAAAUAAUAACUAAAACAUAAUUCGGCCUAGUACAAGUGUUUACGACAACGAAUUGUUUCCUAGUGAUGGGUAGUUCUCAUUCCUAUUAAUUUAUUGUUAUUUAUUUAAUGGUGAUUUGCAUUCCUAUUUUUUUUAUCCAAUUUUUUGUAAAUACAUUCAC